AUGACAGAAGCUUGGCAACAUACCCCCGGAGUAGGAUCUGAGCCCCAGCACCGUGGGUCUGAGGCUGCGCGGCUGGACGAGCAGGAUGGGUCAGAGAUAGCAAUUUCUCAUAGCAGUUCGCUGCUGGACGAUCCGGCCGUGGCUGAUUCGAAUAAGGAUCAAAGAUCAACUUCUACCUACCCCGUCGAUGGUAACAGUCUGCGCAAGGCCCUGGACAGAGGGUUCCGCAAAGUCAGACGCCGCGGAGAGUCCUCAGAUACGUCAAUGGAUGAAGACCCAGGCGAGAAACGCCGAAGAGUGUGUGGCGACAGUAUACUAAUUACCGGCAUUUCAGAUUUAUCCCAAACCGGGACGGUCAAGAUUUGCAAGCCAGCUUCAGCUUACUUCACGACGAAGCUAUACCAGCAACUUCAACAAAAAGAAAGGCACGAACUUCCCAAGAGCUUCAUUUCACAAAAAUGGUCUCUAACAAUCGUUGCAGCCGAGGAAGCAAACCGGGCGUUUUCGUCAUUACUUCGGUCAGAGAUGUUCGAUACAUCUCCACAAACGGAAACAAACCAAAAGUGGCCAACCUUGCCUUUGAUAGAGUCUCCUAAGCCUAGUCAACCACAUAUAAAUCUUUCCACACAUAUGUCUUCCAGGGGCUUUGGUAAGUCCAAAAAGAGAAAGAAGCGCGAGACCGCACCAGGCAGUAUGGCGAGGCAUUCCAUGACUUCACAUCAGUCUGAUAAUAUCCAAAAAGCCAGUGCCACGCCUUUUCUUACUACACUUGAUUCUCAAGAGGCAAAUUGCUUGGAAAUCUUGAUCGCCUCUCAGCUUGAGAACGGCUUACCCGGUCCCGAAAUUCUCUCGAAGCUGCUCUCUAAACAGGAUUUGCGGGCUGUGAGGUAUAUUAUCAAAAACCAUUAUCGAAAAGUUGCGCAAGGGAAAUUUGACUGGCUUCUUGAUUUGAGAGAAGCGGGGUAUAGCGAUGAUGCGAUUUUAGAUUCGCUACUCGAGAGUACAGAGUCUGGACCGUGGACAACCUCCAAUUUUCACGAAUCCUGGAAGUUUGAAGAGCAUAAUUCGGAUUUCGAAAACAUGUUCUUCCGAAUUUUCAUCAAUCUAAUUACGUUCACAAAAGCCCUAAUUGUAGAGACUCUUUUUCUAUCCCUAAUGGUCCUCAUCGGAGCCCCGAUUCUCGUCGACCGAGCUGUUUUGGAUCAAGCAGUAGUCAGUAUGAUACCUAUUGCGUUAGAAGAUGUUGCGGCGUUUCAUGUCACAGCACUAGAACUUUACAGACAACACGCAUACACGUCAAAAAUUGAAACGGGACAAGCACAUGAUGAUAUUGUACUUUCAGUCAACUCAGAGCUUCAUCGCAAGCUCUCCAUGUGCUGGGUCAAGGGAAGAGCUUCACUGAGCGGGUUAUUGUCUUCAGAAACCCCCCAGUUUCCAGUCGAUUUAAGUUGCAAUAUCUCCUUGCAACUACAUGAGUGUGUACUUGCAUGUCAAUUCCUCGCGGUGGCUAUAGUAUCAUACGCACAAGCUCAUACUAGCGAUUUCCAUCCACAUUUUCUCAAGGAACCCAUUGAGACGCUCAUAUUACAGGGAUAUGCUGGAUAUCGAUGCUGGACAUAUGAAAAAGAAACCAUUGAACUCUCAUAUAAGCAACUAGCUUGCAUGAGCGAUCUUGUUGGGGGUAAAGUGAUUGUCUUCCGGAUGCUCGACGAGUUACCUUUAAAACCUCCUACCAUCAGCGGCUCCGAUGCAGUCAAAUCGAGAGGAGAGCAAGAGAGACCCGCAGAAGCUACUGGAUCAUUGUUUGUGGGUUCUAUCGAAGAUAUCAUCGAUUCUUGGGGCCCAGGAGUACUCAUAUCUGAUCCUGAGCUAGGAGUGCCUUAUGGCGACAAGAUCAAGUCCGUAUUGAUAGGAAGUGGUGCGAUCACCCAUGUUACAAACGAAGCGAGCCACGUCUUCCACCCCUUAUAUCACUUCGGGCGCUCUUACGAUCUCGCAGAUACAAUACCAACCUUCAAUAUUUGGGACAGACUAACCACUGGAGCUAUCUCUGUACAAAAAGCAUGCCCGUUGGAUCCUGCGAAGUGUCGAAAAUCUUCAGAACCAUACCUUGACGCUCUUGGUACUUGCAAUAAUCAUUGGAGCUUGACAGAACGGCAAAUGAUACUUCAAGCUGGUCAAUACGUUGGCCUCCAGGUUGGCAAUGUGUAUAGUAAGGUUAAAGGGGGUCCACUAAAGACGACGGUAUUGGAAAUGUGGAGUUUGGUGCAUGAUUUCCGAAUACUUCUUCAACCAUGGGGAUUGAGGGCGCCGUUGAGAGAACUUAUUGAGGAACCUAUGUUCCUCUACAUUGAUAAACUCGCUCUUCCGGGCUGGGAUGAAAUCAAAUCGGACAUCCGGACAGCUUUCGGCGGGUCAAUCGAUGAGUACAUAAGCUGGACCACGGGGCUGAAAGGAAGCAAAAGGGAGUGCCUUGUCCAAGUUAUCACGAUUUUUCUCGAAGUUCUGAAGGACACAGGAGUUGACCGUGAAGGCAAGCGACUUCGAAUGCUAUGGCCUGACAAAUCCAGCCUGUCACAUGCAAUAUCACUGAAAUGCGACAAAUCAAAUCUCUGGGCUCGGGUUCUCCAAGAUUCUCCUUCAUGUGCAACCUUCGCAGCUCUGACUCGUACAUGCCUCGAAGCUCCAGGCCAUAGCUGCAAAAAGAACCAGGCGCCAAUAUGGACUGGUAAAGGAGCAUUGCUCUCAACAGCAGUCUGCAGAGUAUUGGUUCCAGGUGAUGUCGGCGUUCUUGGCCUAGGUACCAACCACUGGGAACUUCAGAACGGUCAACGAUGUUGGAUUGGGAAACCUGGGAGCGAGGUCUGGGUGUAUACAUCUAAGACACCAAACUCAGAGGCACAACUGACUGUCAAGAUAAAUCGUUUUCCUAAAGGCUUUUCAAUACUUCGCGAUUGGCAAGUAUUAAGAGAAAGGCAGGAUGCUGCAUUCGAGGCGGAGGAGGUGGUGGUAUAUGGUACUAUGGCUUGA